GCCUGGAGUGUAGGCGAGGGGUGGGUGUGGCCCAGAUACAUAUGUAGUGAAGAUUUUCAACUAUCACUUGCUGGUCAGGGCUUGUUCGCCUCUUGUUUUGUCAGGGGUGUUAAGGGGGACAGAACUCCCUGUGGAUGUGUUAUGAAUAUUUAUUUAUCUGUUUUACAGUGACCCUAAAAGAUGGUCUCACCUAAAUGGGUGACAGCUACACCCAUUCAGGUCACAGAGACAGGCUUAUUAGGACAGUAAUUUUUCUGAGGGGAGCUCUGCUCCCUUCCCCUCAGCUAAACAAAAUACUGUGGAGCAUAUUAUUUUAUAUUAAAAAAACAAUACAUGGGUGUUACCAUGGAGCCCAUUACUGAUUGAAAGUCUCAAAAUACCUCACUGAAUUAUCAUGUUUACUGGUUGCUCAUCUACCAAACACAGUGUUCAUCAUAAAUUAUGUCAUAUGCAAGUCAUAUUUAUUAAAUUAUGUGAGCAGGACAUCUCAGAAAUAGUAAACAAUGACAUAUUAGUAGCUUUUAUGCAUUUUCUACAACUCACAUUACCAUCUUGUUAUAAUAGGAUUACAUGUUAUUUAAGGUAUCACAUAAGGGGCAGUGGAUGUAAGUGCUCUAUGUAUAAUUUAUCUUUCAGUUACAGGGAGGAUCUUUGAUUGAAUAAGAAUGUGGCACUCUAUUGACCGAGUGUUUUUUUUAUAUGGAGUUGGUAAUUGGGAGGGAUUCGGGUGUUCCAUGUAUGUCUUGAGAUGAAGAGGUGAUCCCCAAACAAACAAAAAAAAAGAAGAAAAAAAAAAAGUUUCAGGAAAUCUAGAAUCCCUUUGCCUUUCUGUUUUAGCGUGUGCCUGAACCAUGAGUGGUGUGACCCAUGAACCAAGCCUUGAAACACUAUAGAAGUAUGAUUGAGAGAUGGAUCCCUAGAGUUCCAUACAGCUGGCGCAGAUACCUCCUUUGGAUCAUACACGCCCUCGAACCUUACCUUUCUAUAAUAUUUGGGCGGCUGCAUUACCUGUUUGAGAUGAUAGCGUGCAUGGCCUAUGAGGGGGCGCUGAGUGAGCCCGAAGACUUCCCCAAAUCAGAUGAACCUGUGUGGAUCCUUGGGAAGCAAUACUCAACCCAGAAGAACUUGGAGGCCCUUCGGAGCGACGUACAGUCUCGGAUAUGGCUGACGUACCGGAGGAACUUCCCACCCAUCGGGGACUCCGGCUACACCUCGGACAAGGGCUGGGGCUGCAUGCUGCGUUGCGGACAGAUGGUUCUGGCUGAGGCGCUGAUCAGGAGGCAUCUUGGCCGGGAGUGGGUGUGGGGGACGGAUGCCAAGGACGACACAUACCUGAGGGUGCUGCGUAUGUUCGAGGACCACAAUCUGGCCACCUUCUCCCUGCACAUCAUCUCCCAGCUCGGGGUGGACGAGGGGAAGCCCAUUGGAGAGUGGUACGGCCCCAACACUGUCGCCCAAGUGCUCAGGAAGCUGACGCCCUUUGACGAGUGGAACAACUUCAGCGUCAACGUGGCCAUGGACAACAUAGUGAUCAUGGACGAGAUUAGGUGCAGUUGCCAGGGGGAGGGCGACCGCAUGUGGCGCCCACUCCUCCUCUUCAUUCCGCUGCGCCUCGGACUCGCCGAGAUGAACCCUCUCUACUUCUCAGGCAUCAAGAAAUACUUCAAAAUGCCUCAGUCGCUGGGGCUCAUAGGAGGGAAGCCCAACCAUGCCUCGUACUUCAUUGGCUUCAUGGGUGACGAGGUGGUGUACCUUGACCCACACACGACCCAGGAUGCCGGGACGGUGGGGCGCAAGGAAUCAGAGGAGGAGCUGGAGAUGGACAGGUCACACCACUGUUCCUUUGCCCAGCGGAUGCCUCUGGAAUACCUCGACCCCUCCCUCGCCCUGUGUUUUUAUUGCGGCACCGAGAAGGAGUUUGACGACCUGUGUAACCGCAUGCGCCAAGAGCUGAUAGACUCGGAGAAGACGCCCCUCUUCGAGCUGGUCCCCACUCGGCCACCCUACAUGCGAGACGACGCCACAGCCGGUGGGGCCACGGGCAUCAGCAUGGACUUGGAGGACCACCGCCUGGAUUCCGAGGACGACGAGGAGUUCGAGGUCCUGCAGUGAUGGUGCGCGGCGGAGAGGUCGUGAUAGUGCAUUCUCAGCCCCCUCACUGGUGGCGCUCUCCCCCUAGUACAGCGACGCCACAAUGUCACACCCCAAUCAACUAAUCAAUUUCCCCGUUCCCUUCUCCUAUAAUUCCUUCCCCUCCUGUCUCUCUCCGGCAUAUGACCACAGAUGUUGCGCCGACUAAACGGAACUUUCCAACUUUUCCCCGUCACACAGAGGCCCAGUCACGUCCUUCCGUUGUCCGACUCAUGAUAUUUUACGUCAUGUUCGUUUUUGCUUGACCGGUGGAAGGAGAGUUUUUAUAGAAUGGCCAUGACAGAAGUUUCUAUUUGUCUUGAUAAUCCACAGUACAGUUUUGCAUAUCUGAUUUUUCUCAUAGUAAAGUAAAUUCAAAGUUAGACAUGGACACUUCAUCCUCAGUCUCUAUUCACAUUACAUCAUUGCAUAUAUGGUUUUUAUUUCAUAUAGGUAAAUCCACAUGUUCUUACUCUUAUUUCUCAGCCUCUAUUCACAGUAUAUCAUUGCAUCUUCUGAUUUUAUCUCCUAACACAUUCCCACAUUUAAAUCUCUCAUCCUCUUCUAAUUACAGUACACUCUUCCGUAUCUCAUGUUCUCACCUCAUGGUUAAGUAAAUUCACAACUAGACUCGUUCCUACACUCACCUCUCAGCCUCUCUUCACAGUAUCACUUCAUCAUCUAAUUAGUGACUGGUAUAAAUAGAUUAACAAGACUCCCUAUCUGCUAUUUACACCACUAUCCACUAUUCAUCUACUAUUCACAAAGGGGUUCAAAGUCUGCUCAGAUAUGUAACCUGUUCUCUGUUCAUCACUCCCUGGCUGGAUGAUAACUGGGUACUGGAACUUGCAGAGGUGCCAGAUCAUCCCACCCAGUCUCUUAUAUUUCCUGAUUUCCGACCCCAAAACUGUCUCUUGCACCCCAAUAAUGUGAUUAAUUUAUAGUCAGCGUUAAAAUCGUUAAUUCCUGCUGUCUUCUGGUAAUUGUUUAGUGUCAAAAAACAGUAAAUACGAUACUUAUGAGUACAACAAUCUGGCAACGUUGAUUGGAAGGCAUGGAAGGGUGACAACAGAAAUUAGUAAUGCUGUUGACUGGUAAAAUGGAGUAGCAGUAGACACAUUCCACACACAGGCAGCACCACCCUCGGCCACUUGGGGAACAUUCAACUUUAGCUGUUCAGAGUCGAUGGUAAUUUGUCGUUCUUCACUUUCUCACCCAUGGUUAAUUCGUUACUGUGACUUAAAUGUUCAGCGAGUUUGAAAGAAUUUAGUACGAACCCAAACACGGCCAAGUGUCGAUGAUGAUGCCAAGUUUAUUAAAAGGACAUCAGGAGGCUAUUCAUGAAAGCAAUCAAGACUCACUCACUCACUACGAUGUUUUGAAUUAAGUGAAUCGAGGAGUGUUAUCAAGGCUAACAUCGUAAUUGUUGACGGCCCUCGCAGAGCGCUGUACUAGCAGUGGAGCGGGGUCUGAAGCCUCAUCAAUGGUAAACGGUAACGAUGAGUGCUUUUAAGAGGGGAAGUAUCAAGACACCUCUCUAAUUGAAUAUGAUUGUCUUAUAUGGCUACUUUAUUGUCUUUUUGGUGGGAGUAGCGAUAUAGCAGUCUUCUUAAUCCUUUUUUUAUUUUGUGGCCUUGAUCUGCCUCCUGUACUGUAAAAAAAGAACAUAGCACGAUAGCCUCUUUCGACAAUAUCUUCUGUCUUCUUUCGUGGGAGCUGCACAAUGGGAGUCUUUUUUUAAUCCCUUAUUUUCCUAUUGAGCUACUUCCUUUCCUAUAAAAAAGAGCAUCACACAAGAGCUCUCUAUGGUAAUUGGGUUAACUAAUAUGGCAUAAGGUCUGUUAAGUAUGUUAGAGACUCGAAAAGUUAAGAGAAAGAUGCAGCCAGUCGUUUCAUGUGGUCAAUCUUGCUGCUCCUUGAAUCCCUACAUUAUCAGAGGUCAUAAACACUGUCAUUCUGGUACUAGUGUUUCCGUUUUAGGGUCCCACAUUUAGCUCAUCACUGCUGCCAUUCACUGUGGGUAUCUCAUGACCUGCACCACAAGCCACCACCCACAUACACUUAAGUUGUUGUUGAGGGGACGUCAGCCACCAGUGAGCGAGUUCAGCACAACCUUGAGUGAAAAAGAAGAGAAUAAAUGUUUUGAUGUCAGCGUGUAUGUGAUGGGCUCCUCGGUACUUCAGGUUCCAAAUAUUUUUCUCAGAUGUUACGGUUACGAGGGAGUUCCGUCAGUGGGCUUUCUAUAUACUUGUUGUUGGUGAUUCAGUGUGUGUAUGUGUGGUAUGUCAUUGUGCGCCGUAUUAAAAGUCGAAUCCGAGAAUCUUCGGGUCCCUACAAAGUUCGGUUUAGGAAGGAGAGAAAGAGAGGGACGAAGGAAGGGAACAUACAUGAGAAGUUAGUGAAAGUGAAAGGAAUAGAGAAAGGAAGUAAGAGGGAAAUAUUGAUAAUAGAAACAAGAAUGAAAGGAAAUGCAAGUGGUAAAUAGUGAUGAGAAGAAGGAAAGGAAAGAGAUGGAAGAAAGGGUGAGAGGAAUAGGGAGGAAGGAGAGCGAGAGAGGGAAAGCGAGUAGGAGGAAAGGGAUGAAUGGGAAAGAAAAAUAAUAAAAUGAAAAGGGAAUGGGAAAAAGUGAAAUAUUCGUUAAAAAAAAGAGGGGAGAAAAUCGGGAGGGAGAUGCACAUGCUGAAAGACACGUGGAUCGAUAAAUAGAUAAAUAUAAUGAUGAAUAGAUAGUGAGGAAAAACAACUUGAGUGAGAGUAUUACAAGUUGAGUUCGAGAAGUUUCGGGUCACUACAAUGUUACUCAUCCUGAACUCUGUAAGGACCUGAAACUACUCUAAUUCGACUUGUAAUGUGGCCCCUAAAACAAAAUCUGUGUGGACCCGAAACUUCAUGGAUUCGACUUGUAACAUGGCCCUCAGUCCUAUGUCGUUAUCUUCCAAUUCACCGCCUCCUGUGUGGUUUCGAGGUGUCAUAGGCAGCCUAGAUACUUUAACGAGGCUCUUGGAGUUAUAGAAAUUGUUAUGCUUGCAGGCGUUUUAUAGAUUCCUAUUUCUGGCGACAGAGUGAUGCAACUGAGCAUGGAAAACAGCCUUCGUGUUGAGCCAUUGUUGUGCAAGGUAUGCAUGUGGGGGCGACACUGUGUUCUCUUUUAAGUGUACAUGCUUCUUGUUAAACACACACACACACACACACACACACACACACACAUAUACUCACACACCCACACGCACACAGCUUGUUUUAAUUACCGCAGCCACAGUUGUAUAUACUUUUGUACAAACUAUGUUGUCACUCACGUUUUAUCAUUUUGAAAAGUACGUAAAAAUUAUUUGUAACUUGCAAGUAGAUAUUUAAAAAGAAAAUGAUUCGA